AUGAGCUCUGCACCCGACCAGCCGCCACCGGGAGCCGAGAGCAAUGACCCGCUCGAGGUCCUGCACCACCUCUUUGCCCGCAUCGAGUACCAGCGGGAGGUUGCCGAGGCCGCCCGCCACAAGCUCGCCGCGCUGCGGACGACUCAGAGCAGGCUGGGCGAUGCAGGACGGGCGCUGAGGGCGCUUCCGCAGCCGCCGCGGCGGCAUGCUUUUGUCUCGCUCCACACCGCCCUCUCGACGGAGGAUGUCGACGCAUCGGCUGCCAUCGCCGCCGCAGACGGGCCGGCGGCGGACCACGUGGACCUCGCCGAUCCGCGCAACAUCGAGCCGGGCCUCAAGUGGGUCGACGCCCCAGUGACCGGCCUCGUUGCCGCCCGGCUCCCACACAACGUGGCGUUUAAUGUUCUGGAUGCCCGCGCUGCGCGGCUUGCCCGCGACAUCGACGCCGCCAUUGCAGAGUACAACGACGCCGUCGCACGGCUCGACCUCCUCGAAGUCUCGCUCCGCGACUCGACUGGUGUCCAGCUGCUCCCGCUCACCGUCGCCAGCAGCGGCUACAAGGUCUGGGCCCGCGAUCUGUACACUCAGCCCAAGGCUGCAUUGAUUUAACGUCUCGCAGGCCCCGAGGCCUUGGAAAUCGAGUAGUUGAGACUUGCGAUGUACCGCGCCACCACCUCAACCGUGACCAGAGCGACGGCUUCGCUGAGAAUAGCCUUGACAGCCGAGCCCUCGAGGCCGGUCUGUCGCCCAGUCGCAUUCGGUCCUUCAGCGCCAAUGAGCAUCUCGGAGCCCGAGACGACCGGCUCCAGGUCGGGGAGGAUGCCGUUCUUGCCGUAGACGGGUAUCUGCGGAAUGAGACCUUGCACCCGGGCCCUCAUGGCCGGGAGCUGGACUUCGACAAAUGGCGUGAGGCCUAGAACCGUGGCCGGUGCGUCGCUGCUGCUGGCGGUGAUGGUGUCGAGCAGCGGGACAAGCUGGGAGUUACGAGCGACGAUAAAGGCCUGCAACAGCC